CUGUUAUUUGGUCUGAGAGAAAGGAAGUAGCGACAGGCUAGCUGGUUAGCCGGCGUGAAACAGUCUGUCAGGAAAGAGAAGAGUAUAUCGUAUAACCUCAAGAACCUGCUCUUCUUUGUUUAAUAUACGCAGUUGAAACGGGGUCGUUUUUUUGUGUCUUUCAACCCGGAUUUCAAACCUUCAAUCUGACUCCAGCUUUGUCUGUGUUGGGACUCCACUCCGCUGUUAGCCUGCUUCAAACAAGUCAUUUUUAUCCAUUUACAAAAGGAGAACUACACACUUGAAAAACCACCUCUUGGUUACCUUUUUUCAGUUCUCGCCGGUCGGCGGAAUGCAAACCAGGAUUACACCAGGACAAUGAGACAAACAGCCGCUGAAGGAGCUGCGUGGUGAGAGGGGAGCGCUGGGUGCGGCAUGCUGAGGCCACUCCCCCUGGCCCAGGAUGAGUGUCAGAGAUGGCGCUGCCACCAUGGCAACGAACGCAGGUGGAGGAGGGGGGGGAGGCGGGCCAGCUAGCCCCGUCGAUCUGGACGACCGCUCGUACCUGCUGCAGAUCUACCCUCGACUCGCUGCUCAGACCUCCACCUACUGCAACCUCAGGGUGCAGAAGGAUGCAACGGCAGCCUCCGUGAUCUCGGACGCUGCGGUGGCGCUCGGGCUGGACCCCGGACGCAUGUACGUGCUUGCGGAGGUGAAGGAGUGCGGGGGGGAGGAGUGGGUCCUGGAGGCCGGAGACCUGCCCGCUCAGAGGUUCCUGCUGUGGCCCCGCAAAGCCCAGGAGCAGCACCCCCGCAGCCUGGGCUUCUACUUCUUGCUACAGGAGAGGAACCACGAUGGUACCAUCCACUACGUCCACCUCCCUCCUGUGUCUAAGGAGCAGGAGGCGCAGCUGGCCGCCCGAGGCUUCCUUCCUCCUCCGCAGGACGACUUCGCCGACCUGUGCAACCUCCCCGCCCUCAACGAGGACAGCAUCUUAGACAACCUGCGCACGCGCUUUUACAAGAAGAAGAUCUACACCUACGCGGGCAGCAUCCUCAUCGCCAUCAACCCCUUCAAAUUCCUGCCCAUCUACAACCCCAAGUACGUCAAGAUGUACGAGAACCACCAGCUGGGCAAACUGGAGCCGCACAUCUUCGCCAUCGCCGACGUGGCUUACUACGCCAUGCUCAGGAAGAGGGUCAACCAGUGCAUCGUCAUCUCCGGGGAGAGCGGCUCUGGGAAGACCCAGAGCACCAACUUCCUGAUCCACUGUCUGACCGCGCUCAGCCAGAAGGGGUACGCCAGCGGGGUGGAGAGGACCAUACUGGGAGCUGGACCCGUGCUGGAGGCCUUUGGGAACGCCAAGACCGCCCACAACAACAACUCCAGCCGCUUUGGAAAAUUCAUCCAAGUGAAUUACCUGGAGAGCGGAGUGGUCAGAGGGGCUGUGGUGGAGAAGUAUCUGCUGGAGAAGUCUCGCCUGGUGUCCAGAGAGAAGAACGAGAGGAACUACCACGUGUUUUACUACCUGUUGUUGGGCGCUUCAGAGGAGGAGAGGAAGGAGUUCAAGCUGCUGCCGCCUGAAGAGUAUUUCUACCUCAAGCAGCAAAACUUUAAGAUAGAAGAUGAGGAGGACCUGCGGCACGACUUCGAGCGUCUGCAGCAGGCGAUGGAGAUGGUGGGCUUCCUCCCCGCCACCAAGAAGCAGAUCUUCUCCGUGCUUUCUGCCAUCUUGUACCUGGGCAACGUGACCUACAGGAGGAAGUCCACGGGGAGAGAUGAGGGGCUGGACGUGGGACCACCGGAGGUCCUGGCCACGCUCUCUGACCUGCUGAAGGUCAAAGAGGAGCUGCUGGUGGAGGCGCUGACGAAGAGGAAAACGGUGACGGUUAACGACAAGCUGAUCCUGCCCUACAGCCACUCUGAGGCCAUCACAGCCAGAGACUCCAUGGCCAAGUCUCUGUACAGCGCCCUGUUCGACUGGAUCGUCCUGCGCAUAAACCACGCUCUGCUCAACAAGAAGGACAUGGAGGAGUCUGUCCCCUGUUUGUCCAUCGGUGUCCUGGACAUCUUCGGCUUCGAGGACUUCGAGACCAACAGCUUCGAGCAGUUCUGCAUCAACUACGCCAACGAGCAGCUGCAGUACUACUUCAACCAUCACAUCUUCAACCUGGAGCAGGAGGAGUACCAGGCGGAGGGAAUCACGUGGCACAACAUCGACUACACCGACAACGUGGGCUGCAUCCACCUGAUCAGCAAGAAGCCCACCGGCCUGCUCUACCUGCUGGAUGAGGAGAGCAAUUUUCCCCACGCCACAGAUGAGACAUUGUUGGCCAAAUUCAAGCAGCAGCACCAGGGGAACAAGUACUUCGUCCCCACCCCGGUCAUGGAGCCCGCCUUCGUCAUCCGACACUUUGCCGGGAAAGUUAAAUAUCAGAUCAAGGAUUUCCGUGAGAAGAACACGGACCACAUGCGUCCUGACAUCGUGGCGUUGUUGCGCAGCAGCGAUCGGGCGUACGUGCGUCAGCUGAUCGGCGUGGACCCGGUGGCCAUGUUCAGAUGGGGGAUCCUCCGAGCCACCGUCAGAGGCCUGGCUGCUUUCAACGAGGCGGGGCGCAACUGGGCCGCCAAGACCUCAGGUGUUGUCCGUCCGAUCUCCAGAACUCCUCUGGGAGAGCUUCAGCGCUCCAAUGCCCCGGUGGACCGAAUGUACAAACGAGCCUCUAUGCUCGAUUUCUGCUUUGAUCACUCAGAGGAGCGCCCUCUAGAGGCCUAUGAAGACAUCUUUGCUAGCUAUGAGAGUAAGAAAGACAUGCAUGCAGAGAUCAUCAGCUCCAUUAAGAGCUUGCAGCUGGACGGAGACGACCCUCGAAAGCUGCUGCAGUCCUGGGGUCGCCUCCGCUUCCCCCGACACGUCCUGCAGAAGAUCAAGAACACCAAACAGAGGCAGGUCAUCCCCAAGAGUCUGCUGGACUCUCGGUCUCUGAAGUUCAUCGUGAGCCUGACGCUCCACGACCGUACCACCAAGUCCCUGCUGCACGUGCACAAGAAGAAGAAGCCCCCCAGCAUCAGCGCCCAGUUCCAGACCUCUCUGACCAAACUCCUGGAGACUCUGAACCGAGCCGAGCCUUUCUUCAUCCGCUGCAUCCGCUCCAACGCCGAGAAGAAGGAGAUGUAUCUGGACGAGGCGUUGGUGCUGCAGCAGCUGAGGUACACAGGGAUGCUGGAGACGGUUCGCAUCAGGAGGUCAGGCUACGGAGCCAAGUACACAUUCCAGGAGUUCAUAGAACAGUUCAGGGUUUUGCUGCCGAAGAGCGCGGCCGCCUCUAAAGACGACAUCUCCGUGCUGCUGGGGAGGAAGAUGGGCCUGGACCCCACCACGUACCAGAUAGGCAAAACUAAGGUGUUCCUGAAGGAGCUGGAGCGACAGCAGCUGCAGGACACGCUGCACAAAGACGUGAUGAGGAAGAUCAUCUUCCUGCAGCGCUGGUUCAGAGGCCGCCUGCAGAGGAAGGAGUUCCUGGACAUGAGACAGGCCGCCAUCUUGAUUCAGCAUGCAUGGCGCAGGUUCUGCAGAGAGGAGCAGCGGCGCCGGGCGGCCUCUCUGAUCCAGGCUGUGUGGAGAGGACACCGGCAGAGAGCGGAGUACGAGAGACAGAGACACGGAGUCACCAAAAUACAAGCUCUGGUCAGGGGACACUCAGCGCGCAGGAGGUGCCACUCCAUGCGCGAGGAGAAGCAGAAGAAGGAGGACGAGGAAAAAGAAGCUCAGAUGAGGGCUGAAGAGGAGGAAAGAAGAAGGAAGGAAGAAGUGGAGGAGGCGAGAAGAAGAGCAGAGGCGGAGGAAGAGAAGAGGAGGAUGGAAGAAGAGGAAGCAGCAAGGAGGAAGGCCGAAGAGGAGGAAGCCAGGAGGAGAGCCGAGGAAGAAGAGGAGGCUGCUAAAGAAGCAGAGAAACAGAGAGAGGAACAGGAGAAAAGUGUGGAGAAGGAGGCCCCGGACAUAGCGCUGGUCACUGAGGAGACGCUGGAGGAGGAGGAUGGGGAGGAGGAGGAGGAGGAGGAGGAGGAUGAGGAUGGGGAGCCAGGAUGCGAGGAGGAGGAUUUGGAUAGCUACGGUGCCUUACCUGAGGCUGGACCUCAGCUGGAGGAGAAGGAGGAGGAGGAGGAGGAGUCAGGACAUCUGGAUUCAAACUCUGAUGGAGUCAACGCACUUACACCUGCUCCUCCAGGAGAGGAGCCGGACAAACAGACUCCACCCAAACCUGCGAGUGCCGAACAAAAGAAAUCCCGAGCUCCGGCUCUAAAGAGGGGCCAGACAUCCAAGAGCCAGGAGAAGAGGGAGCAGAGGAGGCUCCGAGGGCUGGAGCACAACCAGAGGGAGACGGAGCGAGCCGCCUCCUCUUCCUCCUCCUCCACCCCGAGCAGCAGCAAGGAUCAAACUUCUCCUCCUAAGAGCAAGAGCCAGGAGCCGCCCAAGCUGAAGGAGCGGGCGGACAGCAAAGAGCUGGACCAGUACACCUUCGUGGCCUGGAAGAUGAAGGAGGAGAAGGGAGGGAAGAGGGAGGCCAAAGCGUCGCCUCCUCCUCUGGUGCGCCCAUCCUCCUUGCCCCUGCACACGACCGACUCCCCGCCGGACAGGAACGGUGUGGGAGACGCUGUCGGAGCGUCGAGCCUGCAGCGCCGUCCAGGGGGGUUCAAGGAGAAGCCGGAGAAGUGGAGGAGGAGCGAGGGGGAAAACUCGGAGGGAGCCAGUCCUCCUCCUCCUCCGAAAAGAGAGGAGAGGAGGAAGAAACCACCGCUGCGCGAAACAGUCUCCUCAUCAUUGGACAGUCUGUCUCCAGGAACUGAAGGAGCCGGUGCUUUUUCAGUCAGAGAGGCUGACGGCUCGAAGGGAAGCUCCUUCAGACGGAAACACCAGGACAGUUCUGACUCCACGCACUCCUUCGCCUCCCCACCAGACAAGUCCGUCAGUUUCUUCAGCAAGAUUUUAAAGAAGCGUCCGCACAAAGAGGCUCAGACUCCAGACAACGGAGAGCUGACUCUCGCUCAGAUUCUCAACGAGAGACCUCCGGGAGGGGAAGCCCAGACGUCCGGACCUCCCUCCCGGCCUCUCUCCCAGCCUCAUGGAGAGCGCUCUGGUAAAGGUUUAGGACGUAACCCCACCAUAAAGAUCAGCCGGGCCACCCGAGUCUCUGAGCAGUGGAACGCCUCGCUGGACCGAGAGAUCACCAAUGCUAACGAGCUGCGGCACCUUGAUGAGUUCCUGGGUAACCAGGUCAAUGAUUUCCGCUCCAGGGGGAAGUCGCUGUCGGCCACAGAGGCCAUCUUUGUUACGGCCACCAUGCAGUUCAGAGAAACCAUCAAAGCCAUGUACUCUCUCCCUAGACCCACCAUAGGCUACAAAGGCCUGAUGUCGGGCUACCAGAACAAAGUGAUCCACCUGGCGGGGGAGGGGCAGAAAGGAGAGGUCCAGCUGGUGGUGAACCUCUUCCAGUCGGUGCUGGACGGGUUCAUCCGGGGGGAGAUGAAGAAGGAGGAGGCCGAGCCUGCGAAGCCUAAAGCGAGGAAGAAGAGGAGGAAAAAAGAUAAAAGUAUGGAGAGCCCGCUGGAUCACGUGUUCGUCAACUACCAGGUCAACAUCAUGCAGUCAUGUGACCAGUGUCCCUCGUACAUCUGGGGCAUGGAGAAGGCCUACAUGUGCAGCUAUUGUAAAAUGGUGUGCCACAAGAAGUGCCUCUCCAAAAUCGUCACUGACUGCUCCACCUUCUGUGCCAAAAGGAGUGACGAGGAGUCUGCCGGUCUGCACUUCGGGGUGCGAGUGGGUCACCUGGUGAGCGAGAAGAACCCGGUGCCGAUGGUCCUGGAGAUGAUGCUGGAGCACGUGGAGAUGAACGGCCUCUACACCGAGGGCAUCUACAGGAAGUCCGGCUCGGCCAACCGCAUGAAGGAGCUGCACCAGAGGCUGGAGACCGACCCCCACCUGGUGUGCCUGGAGGAUUACCCCAUCCACACGGUGACGGGUUUGGUGAAGCAGUGGCUGAGGGAGCUGCCAGAUCCUCUCAUGACCUUCACUCAUUACAGCGACUUCCUGCACGCAGUGGAACUGCCAGAGAAGGAGGAGCAGCUCCACGCUGUUUACAAAAUCCUGGAGGAGCUUCCUUCAGCAAACUUCAACACGUUGGAGCGACUCGUCUUCCACCUCGUCAGGGUGUGUAAAGAGGAGGCUCACAACCGCAUGUCUCCCAACUCCCUGGCUAUAGUCUUCGCUCCGUGCGUCCUGCGCUGCCCGGACAGCGCCGACCCGCUGCUCAGCAUGAAGGACGUCGCCAAGACAACCACGUGCGUGGAGAUGAUCAUCAACGAGCAGAUCCGGCGCUACAACGAGAAGAUGGAGGAGAUCGAGCAGCUGGAGUACGCCGAGGCUCUGGCCGUCAACCAGCUCAAACUCAAGAGACAGAACACGCACUACUGGCAUUUACCGCUCAGGUUCUCAGCUCCUUACAAAGGAGUGGUGGUGCACGAGAAGGUGAGCUCUGACCUCAGCGUCGUUCCGGAGAAUGAACCGGUGGACUCGGAGGCCGAGGAGAACCUGGUGGAGCGGAUCAAGUCCAUCAAGCUGGAGAAGGAGGAUCUGGCCUGCCGCCUCCCUGAGAUGGAGCAGCCCGGCUCAGAUCAGGAGAACUUUGACUCCGAGGCGUCGCUGAGCUCCGAGAGUCUCCUGGACGAGCAGCAGCGCUCGGAGCCUGAAGGACGUGGUGCCUCCCCCCAGCUGAGGUCCCGGCCGAUGUGCGCCCCCAAACCCUCGGACCUGUCGCUGCGCCGCAAAAUCUCCGGAGGACGCCUCUCUCUGCAGCAGCUCUCCCCUCCGUGCUCCACCUCCUCCGCCUCCUCCUCCUCUUCCUCCUGCAGGAACCUGCUGCAGCGCCGCAACCCCAUCAUCCCCACUGGCUCCAUUAGGCUCCCCCAGGGUGUCCUCCCCCAGGCCUCCAGUGCGACUCACCAGCCCUCUGCAGCUCAGGCGCUCCAGUUCCUGGUCCGGAGGCGGGAGCGUUUGGGCCGCCGUAAAGAAAGCACCCAGUCCCUUUACAUCGACGGCCCCGAGGUCGACCUGCUGCUGCACCUGUCCUCCUGUCCCCCCUCCAACGCCUCCUCCUCCAUCUCCAUCGUAAAGCCCGCUCCUCAAAAUCAAGACUCGCAAGCUACAAAGAGCCGGAGACGCUUUUCUGACCCCGACAUUCCUUACAUGGACAACGACGUGUGAUUGUAGACUGUUUGAGUCCUGAUGUGAACCCCGGAGAUGUUGAGUACCUCAAAGUUUUAUGUUAGAGAUGUAUAGUACGGGUCCCCAUCACAUAGAAACUGCUGGAUGCUGACGUGCAUAUGUUGGCAAUUAGCACAAAGAGCAUCAAUUAGCAUUAAUUAGCAUAUUCAGAAAAUGACUUGGCCGAUUUUUGAGUGGUUUUGGAGGAUGCUGAAUCCAUUUUUGGCAAUUUUAACCAGAAAGUGGCCAUAUCUGUACCUCCCUUCGGGUGAUUUGAUUCCUUUUAGGUCCAUUUUACAGUUUCAAGGGGCUCAAAACUGCAAUUUGUGAUCCUGAAAAUGUCAGAAAUUGAAUGAACAUCCUCUAUACACCUCCAAAACCACACCAAAAUCAGCCAAGCCAUAUUUUAGCUAUUGUCUGCAUAUGCUAAUUAAUGCAAUUGAUGCUAAUUGAGCAGAUCGCCCAACAUAUGCAAGUUAGCAUCCGGCAGUUCCUAUGUUCUGGGAGCCUUACUAUACAUUUCUAACAUUACAUUUGGGGUGCUUUACAAUUCCUGGUUCACAUUGCUGGCAAGUAGACUCAUUUGGGAGAUAAAGAUGGAGAAUGAUGAGGAAUUACGAGCAAAAAGCUCAGAAUAAAAUGACAAUUAUGGAUGAAAAAGAUCCAGGAUAAUCCCAACUUCUUCCUGUAAAGAUGAGGAGACGUGCAGUGGAUCUACAGACUGGCGGCUGUUUCAGACUUACUGUCCUCUCUGACGGUAAUAAAGAACUGGACCACAUGUUGCCAAGCACCUUUUUCUACCGUUUUAAUAUAUUGUCCAUGAAGCUGUUUUAUGUAGCAUCAUAAUGAUGGACCAGCAAUUAUAUUUCCUCUCUCCUGUUGUUCUUUUUUAAAAACAGUUCUGUGCUAUUUCAAGGAGAUUCUGCAGGUUCCAGCAGCACGUUCAUUUCUCCUCAUGAGCAGUCUCUGAAAUGUUAGCUAGUGCCUUGGUGAUGUACAGUAAAACUCAUGUUGCAGAGGGAGGGAGGGAGGGAGGGGUUAAGAGAGGGUACCUUUUUGUCUUUUUGUGAUGCAAGACAUGUUUGAAAUAAGGACCUUGAACACGUGUCUUUCCACGCACUGCACAACAAACAGGAAGUCAUCGCCUCACAAAGGGAAACGGGAGCAGCACACGCCACUUUUUCCUUUGAAAAUAUAAAACACAAACCCAGCUGUGCCACGAUGAGCUCCUCGGACUCUCCUCGCCCACCUUUUGUUUUGUUUUUAUACAAUGAACUUCUCUCAGCUGCGACUCAAAGCGAACGGAGCUUUGUCUGAAAUGUAAUACUAAUGUUCCUCUGACUGCUGUUGAAUGGUGUUAGUCUGUGUGGAUAAUAAGAGGAUGUGUAACAGAGCGUGUGUGGUUGGGACUGAAUGACUUUAACGGUUAUUAGUAUUAACGUGACAAUACAGAACGAGAUGAUGCUUGUUA